AUGGCCGACGCCGGACUCCCUACUGGAGAUGCUCCUGCUCCCGUUGAGCACCUCAACAUUAAAGUGACCGAUAACAACAAUGAAGUAUUCUUCAAGAUUAAGCGUUCGACGCAGCUCAAGAAGUUGAUGGACGCGUUCUGUGAGCGUCAAGGGAAGCAGUUCUCUACUGUCCGUUUCUUGUUCGACGGAACUCGUGUACGCCCGGAAGACACGCCAGACACGCUGGAGAUGGCCGACGGCGAUACUUUGGAAGUUCACCAGGAGCAGAUCGGUGGUUAG